AUGGUCGCUGAAGAUAGCGCCACCGAGGUUGGCUCAAUCGGCUCGCGCCACAAGACCACCACCGUCGACCACACGCCCGCACCAGCGUCCGUUCAAGAUGUUUCCGAGAAGCAGCCCGCGACUGACGACGCCACCGAGCAAGUCGACGAACUAAAAGCCGGCAGCGAUGCUUCGCCGGACGAAGAUGACGGUAUCGAAUAUCCCGUCGCCUGGAAGCUCGGCCUCAUCACUAUUUCUCUCUGCUUAUCCGUUUUCUGUGUCGCUCUGGACAACACCAUUAUCGCUACUGCUAUUCCUCGCAUCACCGACGAAUUCAAGGGCUCCGUCCAAGACAUUGGCUGGUAUGGCGCUGCCUACCUCCUGACCACCUGCGCUGUGCAGCUCAUCUACGGCAAACUCUACACAUUCUACUCUGUUAAAUGGGUCUAUCUCAGCGGCAUCUUUCUCUUCGAGGUCGGCUCCCUCGUUUGCGGCGCGACCCCGACCUCGGUCGGUCUCAUCAUCGGACGUGCCAUUGCCGGUCUUGGCUCCGCGGGCAUCUUCUCCGGCGCUCUGCUCAUCGUCAGCCGCAGUGUGCCCCUGCGUCAGCGACCUGUCUACAUGGGCAUCAUUGGCGCCGUCUACGGUCUCGCCUCUGUCGCCGGUCCCCUCAUGGGCGGUGCCUUUACUGACAAGGUGACGUGGCGGUGGUGCUUCUACAUCAACCUCCCCUUUGGUGCUGUCACGGCCUUCUUCAUCGUCAUCUUCCUGCACCUGCCCGACACCAAGUCUCAGCUGAAGAACACGACCCUCAAGGAGCAGCUGCUCUCGUUUGACUUGGAGGGCACCCUCUGCUUUAUUCCCGGCAUCGUGUCCCUGCUUCUUGCUCUUCAGUGGGGUGGUUCUCGCUAUCCCUGGAGCAACGGUCGCAUCAUCGGUCUCUUCGUUGUCUUUGGCGUUCUCAUCGCCGCCUUUGUCGCCAUUCAGAUCUGGAAGAAGGACAAGGCCACCGUGCCCCCUCGCAUCUUCAUGAACCGCACUGUUUGGGCUUGCUCGACCUUUGUCAUUUGCCUCGGCGCUGCCUUCUUCAUCAUGGUCUACUACCUGCCCAUCUGGUUCCAGUCUAUCCAGGGCAGCUCCGCCGUCAACUCCGGUAUCAAGAGUCUGCCCCUGAUUCUGGGUCUUGUCAUCCUCUCCAUGAUCUCUGGCGGUUUCGUCAGCGCUCUCGGCUACUACACUCCUUUCAUGAUCGCCUCCUCGGUCCUCAUGGCUAUCGGUGCUGGACUUCUCUCCACCCUCGAGAUUGACUCUGGCCGCAACGCGUGGAUCGGCUACCAGUGUGUCUUUGGCUUUGGUGUUGGUCUCGGCAUGCAGCAGCCCAUGGUUGCCAUGCAGGCUUCGCUCGCGUCUGCUGAAGUUGCCGUCGGUACUGCCAUCAUCAUCUUCUCUCAGACUCUGGGCGGUGCCCUCUUCAUCUGUGUCGCCCAGAACGUCUUCCAGAACAAGCUCAAGGAGGUCAUUUCCGCCGCCAACAUUCCCGGUCUCACUCUCGAGGCGGUCAACUACGCCGGUGCCACUGGCGCACGCACUCACUUCCAGGGCGAGGCGCUUGCCGUCGUCAUGACAGCCUAUAACACUGCCAUUACCAACUGCUUCUACGUCGCCGUCGCUCUCGCCUCGUUAUCCAUGGUUGGGGCCGUCUUUGUGCCGUGGAACUCGGUCAAGGGCAAGAAGAUUGAGAUGGCUGCCGCGUAA